CUUUAAUUUGGUUUUGUAUUGUUACAGGGAGUGACGGAAGUGAGAUGGGUGGAAACUCCAGUCAACCCAAGAAUGCCGGCGCGACGGCUAAGCAAGGUGUUCAGUCCUCAGGUACCAGUGAACAUGUGGAGGCUCAACCGCUUAAACCUUCAAGAAGCAGUGCAGUAGAAGAAAGUCCAGUUCGGCACCGCAGGCGUCCUCGACGUCGUCGAAGAAGACCCACAUUGCCUGAAUACAUAAAGAGCCACAUUCUCAUAUUUGCAGGGGCUGAUACAAGUGAAAUGGGUGGAGACUCCAAUCAACCGCAGUCUGCCAGCGCGUCGUCUGAGCAACGAAUUCAGAGCUCAAAUUUCAGUCCCGAUCAAUUGAUUGACGAUUUGCUUGUCGGUCCAUGCAAACUGCUUUCUGAGCAACAGACUGGCAUAAUCUUGUUUGGUUCCUCGAAAGAGGACAGCGAUCUUGAACAGUCAAUUAGCAGUGAAGCAGAAGAAGGUGUAGUUCCGCCCACCAGGCCUCUUCAGUGUCGUACAAGAAGACGCAGACUUUCUGAAGACGGUUUGAUGCUCAGUCGCCAAUUUGCAGGGGCUGAUACAAGUGAAAUGGGUGGAGACUCCAAUCAACCGCAGUCUGCCAGCGCGUCGUCUGAGCAACGAAUUCAGAGCUCAAAUUUCAGUCCCGAUCAAUUGAUUGACGAUUUGCUUGUCGGUCCAUGCAAACUGCUUUCUGUGCAACAGACUGGCAUAAUCUUGUUUGGUUCCUCGAAAGAGGACAGCGAUCUUGAACAGUCAAUUAGCAGUGAAGCAGAAGAAGGUGUAGUUCCGCCCACCAGGCCUCUUCAGUGUCGUACAAGAAGACGCAGACUUUCUGAAGACGGUUUGGUACUCAGUCGCCAAUUUGCAGGGGCUGAUACAAGUGAAAUGGGUGGAGACUCCAAUCAACCGCAGUCUGCCAGCGCGUCGUCUGAGCAACGAAUUCAGAGCUCAAAUUUCAGUCCCGAUCAAUUGAUUGACGAUUUGCUUGUCGGUCCAUGCAAACUGCUUUCUGUGCAACAGACUGGCAUAAUCUUGUUUGGUUCCUCGAAAGAGGACAGCGAUCUUGAACAGUCAAUUAGCAGUGAAGCAGAAGAAGGUGUAGUUCCGCCCACCAGGCCUCUUCAGUGUCGUACAAGAAGACGCAGACUUUCUGAAGACGGUUUGAUACUCAGUCGCCAAUUUGCAGGGGCUGAUACAAGUGAAAUGGGUGGAGACUCCAAUCAACCGCAGUCUGCCAGCGCGUCGUCUGAGCAACGAAUUCAGAGCUCAAUUUUCAGUUCCGAUCAAUUGAUUGACGAUUGGCUUGUAGGUCCGAGCAAACUGCUUUCUGAGGGCACAACCAGAACAUGUGUCAAAGAAGCUACUUCAGAAUUACAUCUAUCACAAACAGGGUUUAUAUGACGGUAAAAACGUGCUAACUUAUCUUUGGACAUAUGAGCCCUAUGAACCACCUUAAAUUGUAUCAAAGCAUGUCUGGCACACAUUAAUGAAGUAUUAACUAGUUUAAGAAUUUUCUCCCAUUCCUCUGUAGAUAAAGAUGUUUGAAGUUCUCUUUCCCACUUUUAUCAGAAGUACCUAGACGUAUUUUCAUAAUCAAAUCAUAAAUAAUUGCUAUUAAACUCUACUGAAAGCUAAAAAAAACGAGGAUCUCUAAUUAUUGGUAAAUAUGGCAGCCAAGGGUGUAUGACAUAACAGUUUAAUCUAAGAUAUAAAUUUUCAACUGAAAUUAAAUUUCUGAAGUAUAUUAAAUAAUAUUCCCAUUCAAGUCUAUGAAAUGCCUUCUCGGCGUCAAGCAAAAUAACACAUUCUGAAGUAUUAGAUGAAGUCGUAUAUACAAUGUUCAUUAACAUCCUAACGUUAAAAUGUGAAUAACGAUUUUUAAUAAAUCCUGUCUGAUCCUCAGAAAUAAUCUGAGGCAAUACCUUCAUAAUCUAAUGCUAAUAAUUUGGAAAAGAUUUUAGAAUCCUCAUUCAACAAAGAUGUAGGCCUGUAUGGUGUACUUUCAGUGGGAUGUUUAUCUUUUUUAGGAAUUAAGGAAAUUGAUGCUUCAUAAAAGGAUUGUGGUAAUUUACCUACUAAUAAAGCAUCUUUAAAAGAUUUACAUAACCAGGGAGAGUAAAUCUGGAAAAGUCUUAAAACUUCAGCUAUAGUAUAAUGGGUGCAUCUAAUACCAAACGUUCAUCAACUGGUAAUUCCGGAAAACUUAGUUUCCUUAAAAAUACAUUCAGUAUAGUAGUAUCAUCAGGAAAUUCUGAUUGAUAUAAAUUAGUGUAAAAUUGUUAUAUAAAAGAUUUGUUAAUUUCAUCAUGAUUAACCGUCAAAACACCAACCCGUCUACGAAGUUUAUUAAUCUGACGUUUUGCCAAAGCUGCUUUUCAGUUGAAUAGCUAACAAUUUAUUUGAUUUAUCACCAUGUAUAUAGAAUUGACUCCUAGAUUUAAGUAAUUGGUUUUCAAUCGGCGAUGUUAAUAACAAACUAUGUUGCAUCUGAAGUUCAACUCUCUCUUUAUAAAGCUCCAAAUUGGGAGCAAUAGAAUUUUUUUGACAAUAUCUUUAAUCUUAUCAGUCAAUACACGUUAAUACACUAUUAAUUCAUUUUUUUUUAAUCCAGUGGAAUAUGAAGUAAUUUGUCCACGGAUAUAUGCUUUAAAGGUAUCCCAUUAUAUCCCACUGGAAAUUUCUUCAGUUGAAUUAGAUGAAAAGUAAAAUGCAAUCUGUUCUUUAAUAAAAUUAACAAAAUUUAUAUCCUGAAGCAAAAUAGAGUUGAACCGCCAUUGUCUAGUACUAGAAGUUACAUCACUAAAUUUAAUUUAUAAUUUCAAAGGCGCAUGGUCAGAAAUGGCGAUUGCAUCAUACUGACAAUGACGGAUGAAAGUAAACGAGAGUCAAUAAAAUAGCAUUCGAUUCUAGAGUACUUGUGAUAAACAUGCAAAAAAAGGAGAAUUCUUUAUCAUUGGCAAUGUAGAAACCUCCAAAUUUCUAAAAUUCCAGUGUCAGCUAAGAAGGAAUUAAUAAAAGUUGCAGAUUUAUUUGAAGGUACCUAAUUGGGUGCAGACCUAUCCAACAUCGGGUUCAAACAACAAUUAAAAUCUCCGCCCAUUAUUAACCUAUAUUCAUUUAGAUUGGGAAAUGAUAUAAAUAGCUGCCUAAGAAAUUAGCCAUUAGUGCAUAAACAUUAGCCAAAACUACUUUUUGUUUAUAAAGUAAACCAGUAAUUAGUAGAAAUCUACCAUAUGGUUCUGAAAUUAUGUCAUAAUGUAUGAAUGGGAUCGAAGGGUCUAUAAAAAUUGAAAUACCCUUCAUUUGGUAGAAGAACUAGAGUGAAUCUGUUGGCCUUUCCAACCUUAAAAAAUGGCUGAUUAUCCUCCUUCUUCACAUGAGUCUCCUGUGCAAACAUAAUCUGAGCAUUUAAUCUAUGAAAAACCUUAUAAAAUCUUCUUCCGUUUAAUUGGCUGAUUCAAACCAUUUGUGUUCCACGAAACAGAAUUAACAAUCUUAUCCUUUCUCCUUAAAUAAACUAUAUGGUAUGUAAAUGGUUAACUAAGUUGCAUAGGAAGCUCAUGAACCAGGAAGAGGGAAAAAGGUUUAAAGAGGAACCGGAAGUUACGACAAUAGAGACAUUUCUGUAGUUUCAAAGCAGCCCAAAUGAAAUGAAAAACUGGAGUAACAGAAAACCCCGCCCCUCCCCAAAGCCAAGAAACCUCACAAAUAUGCAGCCUGAAAGCUAUCUGAGACCCAACAAACCCCCCCCCCCCCCCCCAAUCUCUCUUCGUGGCAAGUCUGCAAAUUUUAAAAGAAAAAAAAGCUCACUCCCCAUAGCCAAAAUAUUACGAAAAGAUUGCCAAACACAGACUAAGUGAAAAAAAUACUUUGUAAACAAGGUCUUAAAAAUAAAACCGAGUACAUUCUUUACAGUAAUUAAUCACCAUGUAAAAGCCUUAAUAAUUUUCUAAAAUGAGCAAUUAAAAAUGAGAGUAAAAUCAUAAAUGAAAAGAAUGAAAACUUUAAUGUGAAACAGACAUGAACCCAAACAAAAUAUCCAAAACAUCAGCCCAAGGACACGGUUUCACGAACUAAAAUGUCCGACUCUAUAAGCUAAUUAUUAACUAACAAACCCGAGGUAUACAGAUGUAUAGAAACGGAAAAUUGAUUAAACAUCCGAUCUCUCUUCGAGAAAUUGUUCUGCAUCUUCCACUGAUUUGAAACAUUUAAAUGUUUUAUCAGGUAAGACUACUUUUAAGCGGGUGGGGUGCAGCAGAGCUGGCCGAAGAUUCCUUUGAUAACAUUGCAACAUGACUUCUUUAAAAUGCACUCUUUCUUGCAUUACCUCGGGGCAAUAAUCUUGAACUAAACAAAACUUGAGAUUCUGCUAUUCAAUAAUUCCUUUACGACGAGCAAUUCGAAUUAAGCGCUUCUUCGCACUCACGUAGUGAAACCGCAGAAUAACAUGACGUGGUAUUAACUCUUUCAAUGGUUUAGAUUUUAACGAUCUGUGCGGUCUAUCGAGUAUCAUGGGUGACUUAAAAACCUCCGAUCCAAAAGCAUCCAUUAAGAAUUUAGAGAAAAAUUCAGUAAGGUCCCCGCUCUUGUCGUAUUCAUUGAGACCAAUUAUUCGCAAAUUCUGUCAGCGACUGCGACUCUCCAAAUCGAUAACCUUAGCUUUAUACUGCUCCAGUGUACGAGUAGUCGAAUUUAAUUUCCUUUCAAAAGAGCUCUUUCUGGAUUUCCUCUGUUUCCCAGCUUCAGUAAGCUCGCUGACUUGCUGACGUAUUGUGUUCUCUUCUUCGAGUGCUUUCAAUUUGCCUUUAUUCUCCUUCAGCAUUAUUUCCAACGCAGCGAAUCUUUUAUCAAGUUUUUCCAUCCAGUUUUUCAUCCAGUCCAGCGAAUCUUUUAUCCAGUAAGUUUGAAAUAGCUUGUAAAGUAAGUUGAGGCUAUGUUGGUUGGUCUUUCUUCCCAGUUCCAUUACCGUUUUUUUUUUGCCUUUGGCUAAUGCCUUUCUUGUUCUGGAAGUCAUUUCUGUCAAUUAAACCAAAUUUCAAACAUAUAAAGAUGUUAAACUCACUUUGCUACAUAUAAUAAAGGGGAGAUUAGUACAUUGAAAAAGGAUCAGAGCAGAGCCAAAAAUGCGACCUACUCCAUUUAGCGCCACCAAGAGUCUCAUUAAAAUAUGUAUUCUGAACAUUUAUCCAAAGGACUUUGUAAACACCAAAAAUGUAAGGUCUCUGCUUAAUACUUUUUUGUUUUUU